AUGAACAAUUUCAAAGGAACUAAUUUAAAAUCUCCGGGAAAUGAUAAUGACGCUGUUCACAAUAAAUAUUUACGGGAUCAAAUAAAUUCAAUUGAAGUAAAUAAAAACCAUUUAGAAGAUAAAAUAAGUAAUGUGAAAAAUGUCUUCAAACGUCAACUAAAUAAUAAAAAUUUUAUUAAUGAUACUAAACUACAGCAAGAUGUAGCAGGUUUAAUAAGUUUUAUUAAAAAACAAUCGGUCAACGUAGUGAACAAAACUGAGUUAGAAAAUUUAAUUUCAUUAAUAUCUAAAUUAGAUGAUAAGAUUGCAAAACAAAAAUUAGAUAUUCAACAAUUAAUAGAUAACAUUCCAGAUGAAAAUGAAGAUACGUUUCAACAGGAAUUAAAUGCCCUGGAAACUAAACUUAACAGUGAAUUACAAAAAGAACUAGAGCCGUGCAGACGGGCACUGAGGCAGUUUCAAAAGUUAAAAAAUCGGCUUCAGUUAAAGUAUCCACAAUUGGUCUUUCAUUUACCUGCUAAACGCUACAAAAGUGAGCUAGUAUUCGUGGAAGAUGUAAGACAUGUUGAAAAGAUAGUCUUCAAGUGA